UUGUCCUAUGGUCGACCCAGGCACACACACUCACCCCCCUGAGUACCCAACUAGGUAUCCAUCCUCUCCUCUCGUUCUCUUCCGUGGCGCUGCCUUCAUACCCUUCUCGGCCUAAUACACGGGAUCUUGGGUAAUUAACCCGAAAAUCCCCAAGCAAUUUCCCCCAACGUCGCAUACAGUGGCGUACUUUCAAUGAUUCGUGCCAGCCCGUAUUGCUGCAUCUCCAGUCUAGUAGGGAUCCACGUCGUUUCCAUCCGACAAGCGUCCAAGAGGCUCUUCCAAGUUCCGGGUCUUGAUUUCCUUGUGGUCUGUUCUUUCGGUAGGGCGGCGGAUGAGAGACGGCGGCGGGAGCGAUGGAGGGUCAACGAGGAGAGAGUGAGAGAGAAUGGACGGGCUGUCCAAGGGCAAGGUUCCCAUCUUGGCCCCCCUCUACGCAGUACAGCUUUACGGAUGCACUGCUCCCUUCUCCUCCUCCUCCUCCUCCUCCUCCUCCUCCUCCUCCCCCUGCUCCCUGCUACCUCCCAUCCUUCCUCUCACGGCCUAUCUUCUUGGCUACGGAUUGCUACCUACCUACCACUACAUACGUUUUUGGCCCCCUCCCCUCCCGCCUCCCCUUUCCCCGCCGCGCUAGGUUCGAAGAUCUUUUAUUCCUCGACGCCGUCCGAGGACACCCGGUGGCAGUGCGGAAAGAGCGCUGAUCUCUCUUUGAUUCGUUGCUUUCUCAGGUCUCCAUAUCUGCCUUCUGCUCUUUGCUCCGUGCAAUUCCCUCAUCUGAUACCUACGCUUGCAUAGGGCGUAUCGGAUGCGACGACUCGGAGAGCUAUGCUGUGUGAAUUGGAGAAAGAGGUCAGAGAGAAGGCAAGGGGUGGGACUUCCUCUCAAAGGGUAAGAUUUGCCUGGCCUUGACUUGCCUUACCUAUGCCUUGUACGGUACCUGAACCUAGACAUACCGUACUACCCGUUCCCUCCCCACCCCUUCCUCGUGACAUGGCGCACGUUCGUAUCAAAUUGGUACUCUUUGGAAUCAAUACCAGUCGCGGGAGGCGGGGGGAAAGCCCAGCCGCAGGUGGAUGAAGUUUGAAGCGGAGAAAGAGAAAGAGCGCAUUGCGUAACUUGGCGGGCGUUUGUUUGCAAGCCUCCUU